ACCCAGAGAAAGCUUUUAUAAUAUAGAACAACGCAACACUGGCUACAGUUCAGCCUACAAAAGUAUAGGCGAAGGUUAUCGGGCACUGGACGCGUAAAACUGCCCGAGUGUGACGCGCUGAAAAUCGAAAAAUGACGUCGGCUUUGUAUUUGGAGCAUUACUUGGAUGGGUUAGAACAUCUACCGAACGAGUUGAAGCGAAAUUUCACCUUGAUGCGAGACCUGGACUCACGCGCCCAAGUGCUUAUGAAAUCAAUUGAUGAGAAAGCGGACGAACUCAUGAAGUCAAUUAUGAACGCGAAGGAGAACAUUUCGGACGAGGUGAAGAAGGAAAAACUCCAAGCCAUUCAGGACCUGUUCAACAAAGCGAAAGAGUACGGCGAUGACAAAGUACAACUGGCGAUACAGACGUACGAGCUGGUGGACAAACACAUACGUCGGUUGGAUUCGGAUCUGGCCAGAUUCGAAGGAGAAAUCCAGGACAAAACCGUUAACGCCCGUGAAAAAUCAGAAGAAAAUGUCACCAAAAAAGGACGAAAGAAGGUAAAGGAUGGGAAGAAUGCAGCGAAAAAGAAGCGAACCCAUUCCUCCGAAGACGAAGCCAGACCAACCGGUAACGGAGGCGCGGCGAGUAGUGGAACGACCAGUGGGGCUGCCAAUUCCAACGGCAAGGGUAAAAAUACUAAGAAGCAGAAGGUAAAUCAAGAAAAAGAAGGUCGCAAAGGGCAAAAUAAGAAGGGCACAGAAAACGACGACGCUACGCAGGACGGUGGGCAUGCUACUCCACAUCCCAGCGACGUGUUGGACAUGCCAGUGGAUCCCAACGAACCCACCUACUGCUUAUGCCACCAGGUGUCCUACGGGGAGAUGAUCGGUUGCGAUAACCCAGACUGCCCCAUCGAGUGGUUCCACUUUGCAUGUGUUGGCUUGACGAUAAAACCGAAAGGAAAAUGGUUUUGUCCAAAGUGUUCACAGGAUCGGAAGAAAAAGUAAACUCCCUUCACACACACACACACUGCAUCGACGCGCGCACGGGGAAUCCCGACGUUCGAGUAUUCCGUAUUAGGCACUUCAAUUAAUUUAUACAUACAUUUUCUUUCCAAUAAUACAUUGUGCGUUCUCUUCAGACUAGCUUUUAUUUAAUUGUACAGAACCAUUAACUUGAUUCGGCGUUUGUCGAAUUAGCACUGAAGUUGAUAAGGAGUACAUAGUUUGUAUGAUAGAUAUUGUACAA